CCCUCUCCCUUUUCUCCUGUGUAUUUCCUCUAUCCCAAUUUAUACGACUCACUUUCUUUUUUAGUCGGUCUCCAAAAGAAUGACAAAUUUAUUUAUUUAGUAACAAUUUAUUGUCCUUAAUGAAAGCCACACAAGCAUUUAUGACUUAUUUUAUACCACAAGUUUCGAAAGUCCUUUUAUAAACUCUGUUCGAAAUCAAACUACAUCACAUAAAUUGAGACGGAGAGUAAUAUAAUAAGUCUCAACUCUCAAAUCUUUACUGCUUGCAUGCGUUUUCUGUUACUUGACAGAAUUUAAGAACAGAAACACAAUGGAUCAUGCCUGCAAUAGAAUUGCAAACACUUUGUGUUAUUUCUUCUUCAUAGCCAUUUUGCUUGUCUUCAUAAAUGCAAGUACUGCAGAAACACACUACCAUGAUUUCGUUAUUCAAGCAACACCAGUAAAGAGGCUGUGCAAGAUCCAUAACACUAUAACAGUGAAUGGACAAUUCCCUGGACCAACAUUGGAAGUGAACAACGGUGAUACUUUAGUCAUCAACGUAGUCAACAGAGCUCGAUAUAAUGUCACCAUUCACUGGCAUGGAAUCAAGCAAAUAAGAACAGCAUGGGCAGAUGGACCAGAAUUUAUAACACAAUGUCCAAUUAGACCAGGAGGGAGUUACACUUACCGCUUCACAAUUCAAGGACAGGAAGGCACACUUUGGUGGCACGCUCACAGCUCAUGGCUCAGGGCCACUGUUUACGGAGCAUUAAUCAUCUACCCAAAAGAAGGAGAAUUCUACCCAUUUUCUAAGCCUAAAAGAGAGACACCUAUUCUGCUUGGUGAGUGGUGGGAUGCAAAUCCUAUUGACGUUGUAAGACAAGCCACGAGAACAGGAGCAGCUCCUAAUGUAUCAGAUGCUUACACCAUUAAUGGUCAACCGGGUGAUCUCUACAGGUGUUCGAGUAAAGAUACUACCGUAGUCAUUGUGGACUCUGGUGAAACAAACCUCCUUCGAGUUAUCAAUGCUGCACUCAACCAGGCACUUUUCUUUGCUGUGGCAAACCACAAGCUAACAGUUGUUGCAGCAGACGCUUCUUAUGUUCAACCCUUCACUACAUCAGUGCUUAUGCUAGGUCCUGGCCAGACUACUGAUGUCCUAAUCGAUGGUAACCAGCCACCAGGCAGAUACUACAUAGCUGUACGAGCUUACGCAAGUGCUCAAGGACCUUUUGACAACACCACUUCCACAGCUAUUCUUGAAUACAAGGAUACUCCUUGUUCUGUUCAGGGCAUCAAGAUCAAUCCAAUUUUUCCAUCUUUACCAGCAUUUAAUGACACUGCCACUGCCACGACCUUCUCAACUAGUUUCAGAAGCCCAAGACAAGUGGAGGUGCCAACUGAAAUUGACGAAAAUUUGUUCUUCACGGUUGGACUAGGACUCAACAACUGCCCUAGAGGUUCAAGCUCCAGGAGUUGUCAAGGUCCAAAUGGAACUCGAUUCACCGCCAGUAUGAAUAAUAUGUCUUUUGUGCUACCACCCAACUUUUCCAUUCUGCAAGCACAUCACCAAGGGAUACCUGGAGUUUUCUCAACUGAUUUCCCAGCGGUUCCACCACUGAAAUUCGAUUACACUGGUAAUGUAAGUCGAUCACUCUGGCAACCUAUUCGAGGAACUAAAGUUUACAAGCUAAAAUAUGGGGCAAGAGUGCAAGUUGUUUUACAAGGAACAAGCAUCGUCACAGGUGAAAAUCACCCGAUCCAUCUUCAUGGAUAUGAUUUUUACAUUAUCGCGGAGGGCUUUGGGAACUUUAAUCCUCAAACUGAUACAGCUAAAUUCAACCUUGUUGAUCCACCUACCCGAAACACAGCAAGUGUACCUGUCAAUGGAUGGUCAGUUAUCAGAUUUGUUGCUAACAAUCCAGGAGUCUGGUUAAUGCAUUGUCACCUGGAUGUUCAUAUUACAUGGGGUUUGGCCAUGUCAUUCCUGGUGGAAAAUGGAGUUAGUGAAUUGGAAUCAUUAGAAGAGCCUCCGGUCGAUUUGCCUGUUUGUUGACAAACACAAUAUGCACAAUGAUUCAAUGAAACAUAACUUACAUAAUUUUUUGAUGAUUGAGUAAAUAUGAAAUGACACCAAUUCUUGCAAUAUAUGUA